UAUUUUUUGUUAAUUCAAAUCAAAUUUGGCAUCCAUUUUUUGUAACUAAAAUUUAUUGGGGCCAACUCAUUAUUUUCAAAUUCUAAAACAAUGCCUAAAUCAAAAUUCAAUGUAGAAUCUUCCGAAGAAGAAAGCCAAAUUGUACCUCGUAAAAAACCGCGCUUGACUACCAAAGGCCUUAGGAGUUCAAGGAGAGUAAAACAAAAGCAAUUGGCUCCUGCUCCUCCUACAGUUGUUGAUCUUCCGCCGGAAAUAUUGGAAAAAAUUAUCGGAAACAUAGAUAUUUGGCAUCACAAUCGAAUACGUGAAACUUCUCGACGAUUUCGGGAUAUAAGUGAUCUUUAUAUAUGUCAUGAAUUUGAAAAGUCACUUUACAAAAAUGUCUCCACCAAUCCCCAAAGCUAUGAAAGUGCCGUUUUGCUGGGAAUUCGACAUGCAACCAAUGUAUAUGUGCGUUCAGGUUUCAAGUCGCUCUUUUGCGGCUGCCUAUUGCCCAUGUUGCGCGAUUCGUAUAAAAAUCCAUUUUGCCCUCCCAUCGAGAAGGUUACUACAUUUUUGGUACAUUUCUACAGCAUGGUGGAGGAUGCUGUCGAUGGUCCGGCUUCCCAGAAAUCAAGGCUUCUUUAUGUUAUAACCCUCUUAAGAUUGUUCAAGGCGUUUCGUGCAAAAUAUACAAUUGUCUCAAAUAGUAGUCUGCCCAGACAUUGGCGUGCUGUCAUUGAAUUGGAAGGUUCUUGGAUGGGCAUGUUAUGGCAUUCGAAAGCAAACGCCCUGGAUUUCUCAAAUAAACGAAGAAAUCUGUUAGUAAUACUUACGGAACUCCUCAUUGCAAGCAUAAGUGAUAAAUCUUUCAAGCGUGUUUGGGAUUGUCCCAGUGAACUGUAUGUUUUUGGCAACGACACAAGUGGCCACAAGCGAGCGCCUCGAACAGUAUUUACCUUAACUGUUUAUGGAACAAAAACCAUCAACAGCCUGUUUCAGACAUGCUUGGAAGAAGACGAUGAACAGUUUACCUGUCCAUUACAAUUGCCGAAAGGUGAACUCAUGGUUGAUUUGGAUAUAACCUCAAGAGAGGCUAUGAAGUGGGGUUGUCCAAAAACUCGUCAUAUGACAUUUAGUCCAUUCGAUCAACUUACAAGCAGCGGUGAAGAGGAAGGAUAUGAGUAAUAGACAGCGAUGGGUUUAUUCAAAAUUUGUCUAUGUGUGUAACUUCCGAUAUUACUUUGUAGUUCUUUUUGCAAAUUUGUAUAGAAAAUAUAUUUUCAGUAGCGUUUUUGUUUUGA